UGGGCAGCAGCGCACAGCGGCACGAUGAUGGACGUUAACAGCAGCGGCCGCCCGGACCUCUACGGGCACCUCCGUUCUUUGCUCCUGCCGGAGGUGGGGCGCGGGCUGCCGGACCUGAGCCCCGACGGCGCCGGCCCGGUCGCGGGCUCCUGGGCGCCUCACCUGCUGCGCGGGGUCCCAGAGGUGACCGCCAGCCCGGUGCCCACCUGGGACGCGCCGCCGGACAAUGCCUCCGGCUGCUGGGAGCAGAUCAACUACGGCAGAGCCGAGAAAGUUGUGAUCGGCUCCAUCCUGACGCUCAUCACGCUGCUGACGAUCGCCGGCAACUGCCUGGUGGUGAUCUCGGUGUGCUUCGUCAAGAAGCUCCGCCAGCCCUCCAACUACCUGAUCGUGUCCCUGGCGCUGGCCGACCUCUCGGUGGCCGUGGCGGUCAUGCCCUUCGUAAGCGUCACCGACCUUAUCGGGGGCAAGUGGAUCUUUGGACACUUCUUCUGCAACGUCUUCAUCGCCAUGGACGUCAUGUGCUGCACGGCCUCGAUCAUGACCCUGUGCGUGAUCAGCAUCGACAGGUACCUUGGGAUCACGAGGCCGCUCACGUACCCGGUGAGGCAGAACGGGAAGUGCAUGGCCAAAAUGAUUCUCUCCGUCUGGCUUCUUUCCGCCUCCAUCACGUUACCGCCGCUCUUCGGAUGGGCCAAGAACGUCAACGAUGACAAGGUGUGCUUGAUCAGCCAGGACUUCGGCUACACGAUCUACUCCACGGCAGUGGCGUUUUACAUCCCCAUGUCCGUCAUGCUCUUCAUGUACUACCAGAUCUACAAGGCCGCCCGCAAGAGCGCCGCCAAGCACAAGUUCCCCGGCUUCCCUCGCCCCACGGAGCCCGACAGCGUCAUCUCCCUGAACGGCAUGGUGAAGCUCCAGAAGGAGGUGGAGGAGUGUGCCAACCUCUCGAGACUCCUCAAACACGAAAGGAAAAACAUCUCCAUCUUUAAGAGGGAGCAGAAGGCAGCCACCACCCUGGGGAUCAUCGUCGGGGCUUUCACCGUGUGCUGGCUGCCGUUUUUCCUCCUCUCCACGGCCAGACCCUUCAUCUGCGGCACCGCCUGCAGCUGCAUCCCGCUCUGGGUGGAGAGGACAUUUCUGUGGCUGGGCUACGCCAACUCCCUCAUUAACCCUUUUAUAUAUGCCUUCUUCAACCGGGACCUGAGGACCACCUACCGCAGCCUGCUCCAGUGCCAGUACCGGAAUAUCAACCGCAAGCUCUCGGCCGCAGGCAUGCAUGAGGCCCUGAAGCUCGCCGAGAGGCCCGAGAGAGCCGAGUUUGUGCUGUAAGACAAAACUCGGACUACUGUAGGAAAAAAAGUCAUGAUUCAUGAUCAAAAGUGGAAUAGCAGAGAUGAAAUAACCAGGCAAGACAGAGGUGGAAACAGUGCAGUCAUUUGCUGAGACUGUGGCAUGGAGCGUGGCUUCGUCCUUUCCUGGAAUGGCGGAAACGUGACAAGCAGGGUGAUCUUUUGGACAGCGUGUAUUAUGAGGGAGAUGGUGACCUCUCCUCUUUUUCUGUGGCUCUUGUGUGCCAAUGAAAAUAGUUCUCAGUUUAAGGCCGCCAGAUCAGCUCCGCGGGAAAGCAUACAGAGUUGAGUCUCAGAACGGAAACAGUCUCUGGUGCUGUGUGUGUCCAAGUCCGUACAAAUGGAAGAAAGUUCCAGCGCUCACUUCCCAUACUUCCGAGUCUAGGCAUUGUGGUGAAUAUUCAGGAAUCACUCACGAGACAGAAUGUAUGUUGUGGUAGGACAGAGGGUGUUUUUCCAAGCAAACUGUGGCAAGCGUAGUGUUGAGUAUGUUGCAUGUCUGUGUUAGAAAACAGAAUCUCGUCAUCAGCUAAUAUAAAUGAUUUCCCAGAGCAGUGUCUGGUUAAAGCUUUUGUCAAAUAGUUUCACUUUUUCUUUUUUGCAGGGUCCCUGUGACUUCCCCACCAAUGUAUUUUUCUUUGUUACCUCAUUGAUUGUUACGGUUUAACUCAGGAACAGAUCUCAGGAUGGAGAGGAUCAUAAAACCUGAAUAGAGCUUUUUCUUGCACUCACACUUCUGAAGGGUCCUGAGAGAUGAGGGGGACUCCUUCUGAGAGGAAGGCUGUGUACCCGGAUGAAGAGUGGGUGCUACCUACCCGUACUGUGUUCCACCAUGGUUACUGGCACAGAACUUUGGGCUGUCAGGUUCUCACAGAGGCAGUGGGCUCACGAGCUGCUCCAUAACUGUGUCCUUUGGGGGAAGAAGUGUGGGAACAGUGGGGUUUCCAUGAAAGGUUAUGCUUUCAGAGACAGAGUAUCAAGAUGUUAAUUCUUUGUGAGCAGCACUGUAUUAAAGUGAAUGGUGUGAGGUAAUGCUCAAAAUCCCAUUCCGUUCCUUCAGGAGGGUUCGUUUUUGUGUUCUGUGUCAUCCUAAAUCAAAUGUGUGCCUGGCCAGUUCUGUUCUUCUUCCCUCUCUCUUCCCAAAGCGGUAGGUAUUAAGGGCAGGUAAGGAAACAGAAAAGGCCCCUUUGUGGAUGGUAUUAUUUUUUUAAUGGUACUAGUUAAUAUGUAAUGAGACAGGAAGAUGGCGGAUCAGAAGAGUACCUCCAAGGGGAAGAAAUGAACACAGACCUUCAUUUGAUAAAAGAGAACUGACAGAGAAAAUUAUUUUCCUACAAGAAAUGUAGCUGUCCUCUCCCAGGAAAAUGUGGAAUUCCAACACGGAUUACAGAUUUCUUCAGCUUUCACUGACAUUGCAUCUCACCAGGCACAAAGGGUCUGGAAGGGGAGGUGGGCACCGUCCCUUCAGACAAAGCUUGUGCAAAUUCCUGACCCACAGAUUUGCUAAAGUGACUGUAUAUACUUACAUUCAUAAUUUAAAUGAUUAAUUCUGGUCAGAUAAAUGUUGUUAAAUUUGAAAAUGUUUUAUUACAUCACAUCAAAUAAAGUUUAUUUGUAGCUGUAAUAAAGCAACUUUAGUAAUGAUUUUUAA